AUGCGGUUAUUUAUCACUGUAUUCGCUGGUUUAUUGUUACUUAUUACACUUGGAGAGUGUGUUAAUGAACGCGUGCUUCUCCGAGAUGUUGAUACAAUCACCUUGCGGGAGGGACAAUACACUACGGGUAGAAGAUCCAGUCCAGUUCCUCAACUGAAAUGUGUGGGUGGCAGUGCACGAGGAAAGUUCAAACCACGAGCUGCGCAAUGUUUCAAGCAGGGCUUUGACGGAGUUGACUAUCAGUGGAAGUGUGUAGCUGACAUGCCUGCUGAAUACGAAUUUGGACAGGUCACAGUUACAUGUGAAGGUUACGAUUACCCCGAAGAUCCUUACAUCUUGAAAGGAAGUUGUGGGCUAGAGUAUGAUUUGGAGUAUUCUCAUUCAGCGAGAGAUCUAGGGAAAAGCAAGUCGAAGUGGUCAUCGCUGCCUUCAUUGCCCACAUGGUCCUCCUGGUCUUCUUGGUUGACUGUCGAGAACAUUGCGAACCUUUGCGUUGCAGCUUUCAUAAUGUACGUUCUCUAUUCAAUGCUCUCCACUUCGCGAGGUGGAGCUCAACCACCUCCUCGUCAUGGUGGUUUUGGCGGUGGAUUCGACGGUGGUCCAGGAUUCGGCGGUGGAUACCCAGGGCACCCUCCUCCAAGUGCUCCACCACCAAGCUAUGACGACACUAUGGGCUUCAAAACUUCUGCUCCAACUGGUUCUGCACAAAGCAGUAGUAGCGGUGCUGGAUUUUGGACCGGUGCGGGUUUAGGAGCACUGGGUGGUUACUUGUUUGGAAGAAAUACAGGUGGAUCUACGUCUGGCUUCUUUGACACUAAUAAUAGAGGUUAUCGACGAACAAAUGAAAGGUUCAUGAGAGACACGGGAUUUGAUAAUCACGACGCCGACCAGCCCUCUACGUCAGGGAUACGGGAAAGCACAGGUUAUGGUGGCACGAGGCGUCGGUAG